CCAUAACUGUCAUAUCGGCUGUCAUCUUUCGGAUUUUGACUGUUCGCACCACGUUCCUUCUUCGGGUUUUCGCUACGAACUCUGUGACGCGUGUUUAGUGUGUGUGUAUACUGGAUAAUGGCUACCAAUAAUUACUUCGGUUUUACACACGGCGGAACACAGUACAGCGCUACACCCACUGGUGCUGCCUAUCAAGCAGCAGGUCAACCUGGAUAUACUGUAGCUGCCGCUCCCGCCCCCGGUGCCGCCGCCACAUACGGAGCACAGAGACCCGCCGGUUACGAUACGGCCUAUCAAACCGCCGCUCAAGGAACUUAUGCUGCAGUUGGUGGGGCCACACCAGCAUACGAAUACGGUUACGGUCAGACAGCUGCACCCACAUACGCGCCCGGCUACGAACAAGCCGCUGCUGGUAAAACAGCUACUUACGCAACCACUUACGCCACCCAGAGAGCCGCUACCCAACAGGCUCAAGCAACGGCUGCUGCCAAACCAGCUCAAUACGCAGCGACUUACCAACCAAACGCUACUGCUUACCAAGCGUCGUACGCCCAACCUGCUGCACAAACGACGAUAGCCACACAACCUACCACACAGGCUAAAGCAAACAGCGGGACGUAUUCCGGGUACGACGCGGCCCUUUAUUCGGCCGCAACAAUGUAUGUCGCGCAGCAGCAAGGCGGCGUGGCUGCGCAGAGCGCCGCAGUCUCGCAGGCCGCGCAGAAGCCCGCUGGUUGGCAGGGCUUCAAACGAGGCGCGGGGGGUAAUAAAGGCCAAAGACCUAAACAGCCGCCCAAGCCACAACAGCUGCAUUAUUGUGAUGUCUGUAAAAUCAGUUGUGCGGGUCCACAAACCUAUCGAGAACAUUUAGAAGGACAGAAACACAAGAAACGCGAGGCGGCAACUAAGAUGGCGGCCAGCGUGGCGACUACGAACGCCAACCGUUCCGGAAACUCGCUGCGAUGUCAGUUGUGCGACGUUACUUGCACUGGUAACGACGCAUACGCUGCGCACAUUCGCGGCGCAAAACAUCAAAAGGUGGUGUUGCUACAUACAAAAUUGGGAAAACCAAUUCCGCCACAGGAACCAGAAAUCAUUGGGGGAGCCAAGAAGUCAAUUGCCAAUGCGCCAAAAAUCAACUUUGUACAGUCUGGAGGCUUGGGUAUACCUCCACAACAGGGAAGUAAUGGUGAACCCAUAAAAGAAGAGGAGGAAGAUACUCCUGAGCCAGACAUACAGCCAGUUGGUCAAGAUUAUAUUGAAGAAAUCAAAAGUGAAGAUGGAAAGGUGAUGAGUUUCAAUUGUAAAUUAUGUGAGUGUCGGUUUAACGAUCCAAACGCGAAAGAAAUGCAUAUGAAGGGCAGGAGACAUCGACUACAAUACAAGAAGAAAGUUAAUCCCGAUUUGGUUGUUGACGUGAAGCCGUCUUUAAGGCAAAAGAAGAUGCAGGAGGAAAAGUUGCGUAGGGCGGCAAUGCGUGAGGAAUUCUGGGCCCGACGACACGGCUUUAAUAUGGAAGAUGAAGAAUCCAUGUAUUGGGAAGAUAGGCGCAGAUAUGAAGAAUACAUGGAUAUGAUGAAUCGCGGAGGAGGUUUCCCUAGAGGACGACCCUUCCCAGGCGGACCACCUCCGUUUGGUUUUCCCCCUGGCCCAGGACACAGGCGUGUUGAAUCGAGUGACGAUCGUCACGUCAUGGUGAAACACGCCGAAAUUUAUCCCAAAGAAGAAGAAUUACAAAUUGUUCAACGCAUCGUAUCACAUACUGAACGAGCUCUAAAACUGGUAUCAGAUCAGUUGGCCGAGUCUAAAACUGGCGACGCUGAGAAAGAAAAACCAACUGAGCAACCUCAAAAAGAAGACGGACGCGAUAACCAACUAUUCUCUUUCCAAAAAGAACAAGACGCCUCACGUAUGCUGCGAGGAGUAAUGCGAGUUGGAAAUUUAGCCAAAGGACUUUUGCUGAAGGGUGACAACAACGUGGAAUUAGUAGUUCUGUGUGCAGACAAGCCUACUCUCACCCUAUUAAAGAAAGUCGUCGAAUUGUUGCCAGCGUCAUUAAAAGUUGUCUCUCCCGAUUCAAACUAUCAAGUCCAAAUAAACCCAGCCGAGGCCGGUUUAACGGUGCAAGCGGACGGAAUCACCGUUCUAGUCCAAUUAACCAGUCCGGUCAUGCGUGAACAAGAAGCUGCGAGCGGCGGUACCGACCGGGACGUUCUGUCGAGAGGAAAAUGUCUCCAGGCGCUGGCAGCGCUCAGACAUACCAAAUGGUUCCAGGCUAGAGCGUUGGGACUUCAUUCAUGCGUGAUUCUUAUCAGGAUUUUGAGAGAUCUUUGUGUGAGAGUGCCAACAUGGUCACCAUUGAGCUCAUGGGCCAUGGAACUGUUAGCGGAAAAAGUAAUCUCUUCGACCCCAGGACAAGCACAGCUUUCACCAGGAGAUGCCCUGAGGAGGGUAAUGGAAGCAGUGGCUGGAGGACUUUUACUCCCAGGAGGUCCGGGACUUGCUGAUCCCUGUGAAAAGGACGGUCCCGAUGCGUCUGGAGCCCUUACAGCCCAACAGAGGGAGGACUUGACCUGUUCUUCACAAUAUGCCCUUAGAUUGAUUUCGUUUAGGCAAAUGUAUAAGGUGUUGGGUACUGAACCUCUUCCGCCCCCACAAAAACCGUUCAGGAGGGACAGGUCGGCACGGAAACGUCGCCGCUCUGGUGGAGAACAAGAAGGAUCAGAGAGCGACACUGGUAAAGUAAUAAAAACCGAGGAAGCAACGCCCGAAGCGACUCCAGUAAAAUGACAGGUUGAGGGUUCGCUUUAGUUUUAUUACAAUAGUAACUAAAUUAUUCACGAGUCAACGUCGGUGAUUUCUUUCCUAGAAAUUAGUUCGUCUUUAGGUCUUUAAUUUACAGUAUUGUGUGUCGCGCGACCAAACAUGUCCAAACAAUAGUUUGAACUAUAACUAUGCACUAAUGUGAAAAUGCAAAUUUAAUUGUACGUCUUUAUAUAAGUUAUUACGCAGUAGGAUUAUUUUGUGAUUAUAAUUUUUAAUCUUAAUUUAAGCCAAAACCACCAUUUAUAGACAUUUAUUUUGUGCAACAAUUUCUUUUUUGGAAUAUUAUUAACCGAAUGUUAUUUGAUUUUUUAUUAAUUGAAAUAAAAAUUAAGUCCAACUGUAA